AUGGGACCUUUAGGGGCGGCGAAACAAAAACGAAGGCCGUUUUUGGCAAUUCGGAGGAAAAGAGAGGCACGAGAGGAUGAGAGUGAUGUGGAAGAAGAAGAAGAAGAAGAUAAAGACGCGAAAGAGGAGAGGAAUUCGUCGAAAAAGAAGAAGAAGAAGACAAAGAAGAAGAAGGCAGGAGUAACCCUCUCGUUCGAGGAAGAAGAGGAAGAGGAAGAAGGUUUAACGAAAGAGAAGAGCGGAGAGGAAUUGAAGAAGAAGAAGAAGAAGAAGAAGAAAGGACUGGGCGCUUUAGCCGUAGACGGAGGUCAAGAAGAGAAGAAAGACAAAGAAGAAGAGAAGCGCAAAUACGAUGCCAACGCGCUGAAGGAAGAGUUGGAAGCGCAACGACGCGUGGCUUUGAACAGACCGAAAGAACACGCGCAAGAAGAAGCGACUUUGACGACGGCGGAGGUGAAUAAUCCGUUUUCGAGAGAAGCGGAGGGCGACGACGACGACGAUACUAUUCAAACGGUAGAUGAUGGCGAUGAUCAGCAAAUGGUACCAUCGAAUAAAGCGAUAUUGGAGGCAAAGUUGCAACGACGCGCGAAACAAUCUUCGGGUGAUGGUGGAAAGAAUUACAUACCGCUCGAUGUUGAGCAGAAGCAGAAGAAUACGAAAAACGCGGCAUCGCUAACGAUGAUGAUGGACAUCGAUGACGAAGAAGAAGACGCAAACAAACAACACCAAGCGCAGCCGUCAUCGAAAAGAGUCGUAAUAGGAGAAAGGAAUCAACGCAAUACUAAAUCUGCUGAAGAGCGCUCGAACCUCGCCUUGGCGAAACUUCAAAACGCGGCGCAAAACGUAAAGAGGAAACUGGACGCGUGUUUAGAAAACGUGGAAAGAUCGAAUCAAGCGUCCGUAAGAUCUUCGGAAACGUUGAAAAGUUACGAAGGAACGUUAGAGGAAUCAAAACUACGAUACGCCUUAGCGCAAGAACUUGGCGUCUAUUUCCGCGCCUUGUCUGGAAUGCUCGCGGAGAAACUCCCGAUGAUUGAAGAGUUGGAGGCGCAAAUGUUGGAGACGGUGCAAACGCGAGGUAAGAAACGGAAAGAGACGAGAGAGCAUUUUAAGGUUGAAAUCGGCGCGGAAACGAGCGUUGCUUUGCAUCGAAACUCCUGCGACGCAAUUUCCGAAAGCGAACUCUUAAACGCGGUGGUUCGAGCGAGCGGAUGCGAGGAGGUAAAAAUGGACGAACUCGGUCGGGACGUAAAUCUCGCGAGGAAACGAGAGAUUGAAAAGAGAUGCAAAAGUCGCUUCGAGGCGAUAGAAGACGAAGGCGCGUACGAAAAAGUUGUUUCCGAUCAGUUUAAUUUGAAUGAAGAAGAUGAUGAAAAGAAAAAGAAAUUCCAGGAACGAGUCCAAAGCAUUGCGGAUAUUGCAAAAAAUGUUCUCUUCAAAGACGUGAACGAAGAGUUUGCUAGCGCGAGUAAAAUUUUAGAGAAGAUUUCAGAGUGGGAAUCAAAAGACAAGAAGUCGCACGACGACUACUUGAUUUACUUAGCGGACGUGUUUGAGCUCUUUGCAAGAGUUGAUUUGCUGAAAUCGUGUUGGAUUACGGAAGUCUUUUGUUCGUCGUCGUCGAAAUCUGACGCCAAUAUUAAAAACGUGUUGGUUGAUUUUCCGUGGCAAAAGGAUAUCGUCGAGUACAUCUCCUCCUCGCAAAGAACGAAAAAGGAGAAGGAUACGUCCGUGGUCGCGUUAAUUAAUCUCAAGAUAGAAGUGUACGCGCGAACAAUCGCUAGUCUUUUCGCGAAGUGCAUCGCCGAUGAGAACGUUUGGGACAUUUUCGAGAAACCCGACCGCGUCGCGAAAGCCAUCCAACGAGUUCGCGAGGACGCGAAUAAAACCAUCCUGAAUGAAAAACAUAAGAAAGAUGAAACUAAAGGAGACAAAGAAUUAAUCGAUGUGUCGCAUUUACAGGAAUUGGUGAACGAGGCUACUCUGAAUAUUCAGCAUCGUAUAGACGACGCGUGUGUAUAUAGCGAAUAUCCAUUUUGGAACGGAGAAAAAUACGCCGCGCUCGUUGCUUCCGAUCGGAAAGCGGGGAAAGCAAUUGCCAAAACGUUCAAUGCCUGGAAAGAAAACGAAUCAUCUUCGCUCGAUUUGGUCGUGAAAACACUUGAAAUGGAAGAUAUAUAG